AUGGGACAGUCUGUGGGAGCGCUAACCUCCUGUGGCCAGCGACUGUUCGCCGCGUUUCUGGCACUGUCGUGGUGUCUGCUUCCAGUUGCGGCGGUGGGAAAGUUGUGCCUCGAAGACGAAAAAGUGGCCAAGCUGGUGGAAAAUACCAGCCAGAUACUACAGUAUGGCACCACCACCUACUACUGCAUGUUCACUGAGCACAGCAUCCGAAUUCCGAUUCCGGUUGAUCAGUUAACUUGCUCCCUGGACUACGAGGUACGCAAGAAGCCGGCCUGUUGCGAGGGAUACCACGCAGUGGGAUCGGAGUGUUCGCCUACGUGCCGCUUCGAGUGUGUUUUCGGCCACUGUGCCGGUCCCGAUGCGUGCGAGUGUUACGGUGGCUACCGGAAGGUGGACGACCAUCGUUGUGAGCCGAUCUGUGCGGUACCCUGUGAGCAUGGUCGCUGUGUAGCGCCGGAUGUCUGCCUUUGCGAGGAAGGUUACCAGCGUGAAGCGGUCAGUGGGUUGUGCCGCCGGAAGUGCGAACGAGUGUGCCGGUUUGGCCGUUGCGUAGACGAUGUCUGCCAGUGCGAUGAAGGAUACCGGCCGGAUCCGGUCGAUGGCGAUGCCUGUGUUCCGCAGUGCGACGAGCCCUGCCAUGAUGGCAUUUGUGUUCUACCGAACGUGUGUCAAUGUGCGGCAGGUCAGUGGUGGUCACCGAUCGGACACAAAAACUCCUUGCACAUCACGUUUAUCCAACCCACAGGAUACACCAUUUCGACCGAAUCCAAGUUCAUCUGUGAGCCGGUGUGUGCUGACGGCUGUGUCAACGGAAACUGCACCGGUCCGAACGAGUGUCGCUGCCUCGAAGGAUACGAACAGGACGCGACUGACCACUGUGUGCCCGUUUGUGAACCAUCCUGCCAGGGUGGUCAUUGUGUGGCUCCGGGACGGUGCAGUUGUACUGAGGGCUAUAGCGUGAGCAUGGAAAACGGUUUCGCUUGCGUGCCAACCUGUGCCAAUCCGUGCCAGAAUGGGGACUGUGUAGCUCCCAACACUUGCGUGUGCCGGCAUGGCUAUCGGGUCCAGGACGCUGGAUCGCCGCACGUCUGCGUCCCGGCGUGCGCGGCCGGAUGUGCCAAUGGACAGUGUGUUGAGCCCGGUGUUUGCCAGUGUGCCGAUGGAUUUGCGUUCAACGACACCCUCGGAAUCUGUCAACCGCACUGCCAACAGCCAUGCGCGAACGGCGCUUGCAUCGGUGCGAAUCGGUGCCAGUGCAGCGAUGGCUAUCAGCUGGAUCCGAAAACGACGAACAAAUGUGUUCCGCGCUGUCCCAAGGCGUGUGUCCACGGGGUCUGUGUGGCGCCGGGUGUUUGUGAGUGUAAAAAAGGUUACGUUAAGAGUGAGAACAGCCGGACGGUCUGUGAACCACAGUGCCCGAAGGGAUGCUCGAACGGACGCUGCGUGGCACCGGAUCAUUGCGAGUGCCUGAAGGGAUACUUUGCCACCACAAGCUCCAUCAACUCGAAGGUGUCCAUCUGCACGCCAUACUGCCGAAACAAGUGCCUCAACGCGUACUGCAUCCGGCCGAAUGUCUGCCAGUGUCUGGCGGGUUACCGAUUCGUCGCCAACAGUAGCAACGUCUGUGAACCGAUCUGCGACGAGCUGGUUGUGGACUGUGCGCACGGACGCUGCACUCAACCGAACGUGUGCGAAUGUAACGAAGGUUAUAGCCUCGGUAUCCGCAACGGGCGUAUGAUCUGUGAACCCGUGGCCUGUGGGGAGCGGUGCGUUAACGGGUACUGUGUGGAGGAGGGACGCUGCGAUUGCCAUCCGGGAUACCGGCAAUCGAAACACUACGCAACCAUCUGCGAACCGGUGUGUGACGGUGGCUGUCCCGACGGUGUUUGUAUCGCUCCGAACGCUUGCGUCUGUAAUGAAGGAUUCGAGCAGGACCGGUCGGGCCGCUGUCAGCCUAUCUGCGAUCCGGCCGUGGUCGACUGCUACAAUGGCGCCUGUUUCGGAUCGAACCGAUGCCAAUGCUUCGAGGGUUAUUAUCUUCGUGCUCCUGCGACCGGCGGCCCAAUGGAGUGUGUUCCGGUUUGCGCCGGAGGAUGCACCAACGGAAGGUGCGUGGCUCCGAAUGAGUGUUUCUGUGACGAGGGCUACGAGUUCCGCACGGAAACGAACCGCUGUGAGCCAGUCUGUUUUCCGGAGUGUCUAAACGGCCUCUGCGUAGAGCCAAACGUGUGCAAGUGUCUCGAGGGGUACCUUCCGGCGGAAGUGGCUUCCCAGGAGCAACCUCUGAACGAAUGUGUACCGCACUGUGACCCUGCUGUGGUCGACUGUUCGUAUGGGAUUUGUGGCGGUCCUAAUGCUUGCCGUUGCUUCGACGACUUUUACUCCACCGCCGAUCCCGUGACCGGAGCGCAAACGUGUGAACCCGUUCGGGAGCCUUCCGAAUGUGGUGAAAGUGUUGCCGUGCCGUUCAGCCAAGAGUGUGUUUGUGAGAAAUCCACCCCAUGCCCUACCGUCAUCUGUCAGCCGGAAGCUUCCUCCGAAGUAGUUCCGGUGUGCAACGCAACGUGUCCUUCGGUGCCACCAACGACACCGUGCCCGGAGGUAGUCUGCCCCACCGUUGCACCCAUCAGGCCGGCGUCCUGCCCAGCGGUGGUGCCAUGUCCGGAAAGGAAUUGCCGAAACCCAGCACCGCCGUUGUGUUCAACGUGGCCACCCCCGGAACCACUCUGUGAUGAGCUCUACGUGAACUGUACCUACGGCGAUUGUAUGGAGCAGAAUGUGUGUUCCUGCCACUACGGGUACGAGUUGGCCAUUAGCUCCGAAUCUGUAGUCCACUGUCAGCCCGUAUGUACUGGCGGCUGCGGUGCGCACGGUGUUUGCGUAAACCCGGAAGAGUGUGUUUGCCUCUCAGGAUACAACCCGACGAUCGACGGUCUGUGUGAGCCUUUCUGCGAGAACGGCUGUGACCUGGAUGCGUACUGUGCCGAACCAAACAAGUGCCAGUGUCGGGAUGGGUUUUGGCAGGACGUUGAGGGAACUUGCCGCCGCAAGUGUAUCCUGGAGUGUGUUGACGGUGAGUGCGUCGAUGGACAGUGCUUCUGCCACGAAGGUUCCGUACUACGCGGCGGACACAUUUGUGUCGAAUUGGCAGGUUGGCAAGUCUACGAUGGUAAAGAUGACCUAGAAGUUGUGGUACCCCAAGUGGCCAAAGUUGUUCCCCGUUGGCAGAUCUACGACGAACAGGAUGCCAGUGGCGACUGUGCUGCCGAAUCGCAACAGGAUUGUGCGGAAGGGUUCGAAUUUGUGGCGGAAACGAAAAAGUGUAUCCCCGCCAUUCUAAUAUCCGGUGGCAACUGUCUCGUAAGCGGGCAAACGUUAUCUGAACCGGGUUCCAGUUCGGAGCUGGAUGAAACGUUCGCCAGGAUCGAGAACGCGGAACUACUCGUCCCGGUACAAACGGCCGAGUCUGGCUUCUUGUCAUCGAUCGAUCGUGAUCAGUGGAUUCUAAUAGCGGUGAUCGUUUGCUGUGCAAUCGUUGUGGUGACGGUAGCGGUGUUGAUGUCCAAGCACAUGAAGCGAAGGAACACCAGGGAAACGACCAUCGAUUAG